ACCACAGUUAACCAGGACUGUCCCCUUUUUUUUAUUUCAUAGGUAAAAACAUCCGAUAUUUGAAUGAUGUAUUGACCCUCUAACUGGAAAUAUCCCCAGUUUUCAUUCCAGAUAUCUAGUCACCUUACUAUUCUCCACAGCUCCACUCCAGUAUAAUGCUGUUAAACACCCUGUUAAAAAUGAUUUCUUUUUCUUUUUUUCUCUCUCUCUCUCUGUGCAGCACAAGUGGUUGUGCUGCGGCGGCGGCCUGAAGGAUCCUUCCCUGCUGCUCUUUAAACAGAAAGCUUUCAGUUACGAGAGUAGGGAUCAUUACGGAUAAUAGUGCGGGGGUAAUGAAGGCGGGCGGCGGUGAAAUCUCUCCAGGAUACACAGCGCUGCGCGGCUCGGCUCGGCUCGGCUCGGCUCGGCUCGAGCGGAGGCUUUUGCAGCUCCGGUGGAUCAGUGGAAGGUAGUUAGUGAACGUUUCUUUGCACAGUGAUUAAGAGGGAGGACCAAUGGCAACAAAGGAGACGGAGAGGACGGUAGCUCCUCCUCUCCCUCUCUCUCCCCCCCUCUCUCUCUCUCUCUCUCUCUGUGUGAGUGUGUGUGUGUGAGUGAUUGUGUGUGUGUGUGUGUGAGUGUGUGUGUGCGCUUUAUAGAUGUAUAUAAUCCCUGAGUUGACCCAGAAAACAAACUCCUCUGACGAGCCGAGACGCCGCAGAGUUUGAAUCCACCGCAGGGGCUGCAUGUAGCCGGAGCAUCAGCUGGAGAAACAACCCCGGCACCGAUCCAACUUCUCCGUACGGAUUCUUACAUUAACACAUCGGUGUCUUUUUUAGUGACAGAGGAACCAUGGCUGAACACAUGAUGAUGCCCAUGACCCACGGCUUCAGGAUGGGCAUGAACGGACCUCCGCAGCACAACGGCCAGCCCGGCCUGCGCAGUCUGCCCAACGGCCAGGUGAUGCACUACGGCAGGAACCCUCAGAGCAACAUGGAGGCUGCUAUGAGACAGAGGCCGGGCAUGGUGGGACCCGGAGGGAUGGGCGGCCCGGUGAACGGAGCUCCCAUGGCCAACCACCACCACCAGAUGAUGUCCGGGAACAUGAUGUACAACAGCCAGGGUCCGAAUCAGCAGCAGCAGCACCACCACAUGCACCCCCAGCAGCAGCAGCAGCAGCAGCAACAGCAACAGCAGCAGCAGCAGGGUGGACACCCGCAGCAGUACCUCCCCGGUAACCUCACCUCCCAGCAGCUCAUGGCCAGCAUGCACCUGCAGAAACUCAACACUCAGUAUCACGGACACCCGCUCAGCUCGGCCAACGGACACCACCUGCCCAACGGUGCUCAGUACCGGGUGGGUCCAGCCCAGCUAUCAGGCAUGCAGCACAUGGGCGGCCCUUUGGGGCAAAACGGCAUGGACAUGGAUCUGAUCGACGAGGAGGUUCUGACUUCACUGGUGCUGGAGUUUGGCUUGGAUCGCGUUCAGGAGCUGCCCGAGCUCUUCCUGGGACAGAACGAGUUUGACUUCAUAUCGGACUUUGUGUGCAAACAGCAGCCGAGCACGGUGAGCUGUUGAGCAAAAAGCGGUCCCCGGAAGCUGGUUUGGUUUUGUUUGGACUGGACACCCCCAAAGAAUGACUGAGCGGCCACGGCGGCACAGCGAGAGGAGACAAUCUCUCUAUUCAGUUUGGGUGUUUCUGUGUCUGUGUAAAUGACAGUGUCUAGCUCGCCUUCGCACUGACCUGCCUGCGAGUUGAUGAAGAAUUUGUAAUGAGAGAAAAUGCAGCAAAAGCACCAGGUUUCUCUUCUUUGAGCUGGUGCCAGUAAGAUCUGUUGUGUUUUGGCCAAAUUGAGGCAUCCUGAUGCAGCGGGCUCUGUCUGUACCCAUCUGGCCCUCAGCACUUGUGCCUGCAGUGCCAAGGCUUUGGGAUAAUUGUAAACUUAACUAACACAAGAAGGGGAGGGGAGGGGGGCAACAACCUGGAAAGACUGUCCAUCUGGGUCUGCUAGAUUCUGUGGCAUCUCUAAGUGUAUUUUAUUUCUGAUGAGACCUUCAACUAGUAGCAGAUGUUUUACAGAUUUAUAAAAGUUUGUCUUCUGAAUUUGUUUAUACAAGGAUGAAGGGAUGUAAAGUCGAGAAUGAUUUUUUUUUUUUUUUUUUGUCCUCUGUGCAUAUUGAAGGCUGGAUCUUCAAAACCAAGUUCCUACAUAAAAAAAAAAAGGAAAGAAAAGAUUUUAAAAAAGACACAUUUCCUUGAAGAGCAGGAGGGUGAGGUUGUGCAGCAUUCCUGAGUGACAGACGGGGUUCAGGUGAAAUGUGCUACAUCGAUUAUUUUAGCCUUCGGUGUCAUUAACCUGACUGAGAUAAAAAUCUGCUAUCAUUAAAUGUAUCGCAUCUGUCCCUCGCUGUUUAACUGUGGUUGAAUCAUUGGCAAAGUCGUGCGUGCUGCUUCCAGACAAAGCUUUUAUUUGAAGAGAACGGCUCAUUGCAAAGCAGAUCUUUCUGUUCGGUUACUAAUUCGUAGAUGUGGCGAGACGGGUCGGAGCUGGAGAAGCUUGUUAGUGAACGAGAGACAACAUAACCUGUGGCCUGUUGCAAAGGUUCAAGAAAAGCCAAGAUAAAAAAAAAAAGAAAUACAUUUUAAAAAAAGCGACUAUCAGAAGCUGUUGAUACGAGAGCUGAAAAAAAAUAGAGGUGCGUGAUUGCAGAAUUUGCAUUUGUGUGUUAUUUGUGUGUGUCUGUGUGUGGUCAGUGCAGUGAGGCAUUUUAAAACCCAUCGAAUGGCGUCCUCCCUAAACCGCUGCCUGGCGCGCUGACGCUGAUUUGCAGGCUGCGCAGGGAGAGAGAGAGAGAGAGAGAGGUUUUGGUGUGUGGACACAAUGUGUGGACACAGCACUCCCCGGCAGCACUUAGUUUAAUCAUUAUUUAAAGCUGCCGCUACCUGUGGCAUUGAUUUCAUUAGGCAGGAAGAGCGAGCGCGGAGCACAAAGCGUGCAAAGUUGUUGUUUUUGCCAUAGAUUAGCUUACUCUGCUGCUUUUCUACUGAUUAGAUUUAAAUUACAUGCUCUCACACGCUUGUCUUAAUUGAGGUCGACUUGCACAUUCUCCAAUGACUCAAUAAUUAUAAAACGGACAUGUUCUGUAGCGCUUUUUUUUUUUUUUUUUUUUUUUUAGCGCAAUUGGUAAUUAGGUUUUUGUCAAGGUUGUUGCUUUGCCACUGCAGGCCAGCCGAGGGAGAACUUCCUGCACUCGCACUGCUAUUUGUGGAGCUGUCAGAGGGGUCAGGACUUGCGCUGGUGCACUGUGUUAAUCUGUUCCAAUACGACUGUGCUGCUGCCCCCACCCCACCCCGUCCCCCCCACCCUCCCGCCCUCCCCCGUCUCUCUGGAGAUCUGCCAUCUCCUAGCUCUCCAGUCAAACAAUGGGCAUUGAAACGCUGUUAUAAAAAAAAAAAAAAAAAAAAGAAGGGCAGAAAAGUGCCAGCGAGGCUCCCGCUCUGUUUUUACUCUCUGCCAGGCGAAGCCCACGACCUCACGGGGCGAAAAUGGAAACACUUCUGGCCUUAGCGAGACAGUGGCCUCUGAUUACUGCUAUAUCAAUAAGCGCAGCCUUCUUGUGAAUUGUAUCUUUGUACUGUAGACUAGAGGUGAACUUGAUCUAGACACAUUUAAGGUACUUUCAGAAAAAGAAAAAAAAAAAAAACCGUUGUCAGAUGUAAAUGUAAAAUCAGUGGCUGAUUUUGAUGUGAAGAGAUUAUAUCCUACAUUUCUUUUUCUUUUCUUUUUUCUUUUCUUACAAACAAAGUGUGUAGAUACAGUAUACCAAUGUUUCUGGGUGAAAGGGGCCUGAAGCUUUAAGACCAAGUAGACUGCAUGUUAAAUCAAGCGUGAGGGAUGCCACCACUUUCCCACAAAGCAGCUGAGAAUGUACAGUACAACAACUUUGUGGGAACUUGUCUUAAGAUGGUCGAUAACCGUGUGAGAUUGUACUCCUUGUUCCAAAUUACACAUCAUUUAUUUGGGUAAACCACCUCCUCCCCCUCCUCGAGCUCCCGCCCUCCCUCCCGCCCUCCCUCGUCUCCCAUCUCCCCAAAGCUUUUGUAAUGUUAUUGAUUCUAUUUUAAGAAAAUGUAUUUAUUUUCAAAUAAAAUAUUUAUUUAAAGAAA